UUCCAGACAUCAGUUGCCAGAGUGCCAUCAUCGCGAGCAUAGUAUCACCGAUUGGGGCCAUAGAGGCGAUGGAGGGUGAAGGAAUCCAACUCAAGUGGCCAGACAUCCUGGUCCUGGUUCUAUACUUCGUCUUCGUUCUGGCUGUGGGAUUAAUAUCGUCCUGGAGAACCAAACGCGGCAGCAUCUCCGGCUACUUCCUCGCCUCCCGCAACAUGCACUGGAUACCCGUGGGCGCGUCACUCUUCGCCAGCAACAUCGGAUCUGGCCACUUCAUCGGGUUAUCAGGGUCCGGCGCUGCCUCUGGCAUCGGGAUCGGCGCCUUCGAACUCAACGCCAUCUUCGUGCUGAUGCUGCUUGGAUGGGUGUUCGUGCCGGUGUACAUGAGUUCAGGCGUGUACACCAUGCCGGAGUACCUAAGGGAGAGGUUCGGGGGCCAGAGGAUCAGGGUCUACCUCUCCUGCCUCGCCCUCCUCCUCUCCAUCUUCACCAAGAUAUCCGCUGACCUGUACGCAGGAGCACUGUUCAUCCAGCAGACGCUGAACAAGCAGGGUACAGAGUGGAUGUACAUCAGCAUCCUCAUCCUACUGGCCAUAGCCUCCAUCUUUACCAUCACUGGUGGUCUCUCGGCUGUUAUCUGGACGGACUUUGUCCAGACCAUCCUUAUGGUCGUUGGCGCCUGUAUUCUCAUGGGCAUGUCCUUCAGUGCCGUCGGCGGGUACGAGGCGCUGACGGAGGAUUACUUCUACGCCGUACCCAACAUCACCAGGUACUCCUUCUUCGAUAACACCACCAACUGCGGAGAGCCUCCGGCCUACGCCAUGCACUUCUUCAGAUCCGCUAAACCCGGGGAGUCAGACCUGCCCUGGCCUGGCAUGAUCUUCGGCAUCACCAUCUCCGGCAUCUGGUACUGGUGUACUGACCAGGUCAUAGUGCAGAGGACCCUCUCGAGCAAGAACAUGACCCACGCUAAGGCCGGGUGCAUCUUGGCCGCUGUGCUCAAGUUCCUGCCGUUGUUCAUCCUGGUGUUCCCAGGAAUGGCCUCAAGGAUCCUCUACACUGACAAGGUGGCCUGUGUCGACCCACAUGAGUGCGAGAAGUACUGUGGCAGUUCAACCGGAUGCACUAAUAUUGCCUACGUUCAGCUCGUUCUUAACCUGCUGCCUACAGGACUGUCCGGGCUGAUGCUUGCAGUGAUGAUGGCAGCCCUCAUGUCCUCUCUCACCUCCAUCUUCAACUCCUCCUCCACCAUUUUCACCAUCGACAUCUGGACGAGGAUUCACAGGAAAGCGACGGACGUGGAACUGUUGAUCGUGGGUCGAGUGUUCGUGUUGGUGAUGGUAGUGGUGUCCGUCAUCUGGAUCCCCGUCAUCCAAAAUUCCGCAAACUCUCAAUUGUUUGUUUACAUCCAGAGUAUAUCUUCCUUCUUGUCGCCUCCCAUCUGCGCCAUCUACCUCCUGGCAAUCUUCUGGGAACGAACCAACGAACCUGGAGCCUUCUGGGGCCUUUUCGUCGGGUUGGUAAUUGGCCUAAUACGCUUCGUGCUGGAGUACGCCUUUGUCGUCCCCGGAUGUGGAGAUGAAAAUAAGGACCAUCGGCCCGAGUGGAUCAAGAUUAUCGUGGGGAACGUUCACUAUCUCCACUUUGGGUGUAUUUUGUUCGUAAUCGUCAUGAUGGUGACCGUGGCUGUAUCCUACCUCACCGAACCCAUACCCAAGAAAUGUCUACACCGGCUAACCUUCAGCAGCCGCCACAGUCAAGAGGUCCGAGUGUCCAUCAGGGAAUGGAGGAAUGAGAAGAACUUCAUAGGCGACAAAAUCGAACUUCAACCUAGAGCCGAUGAAAAUAUCAUCCACACAGCUAGAAGUCAAGCCACGGGAGACCUGCCUUCUUGGAGGAGGUGUAUUAACUGCGUGUGUGGGGUCGAGACGCAGAACAUAGGAACCCCUCAAGACCCCCCGGCUGAUGAAGACACUCCAGAGGAGAAGGCCAGAAAGGCAGCAGAGUUCCUGGAGGAAAACAGACCUUGGACGAAUAUUGUGGACGGGACGGCUAUCCUUGUCAUGACGCUGGCUGGCUUCCUCUGGGGAUUCUACGCCUAGAGGCAGCGCGCUGUGGAAUUCUACGCCUAGACGCAGUGCACCAGUCACUCACGUACCUCAUACACCCUAAAGAUGAGGAAAUGAGUAAAUUAGCUCUACUGCGUCCAAACUACCUACAAAAUAUGUAAUGAUUAAAAUGCAUUCUGACUAUUAGUGAAAUUCAACGCAUUUUAACAAUCAUUUCAUUAUAGGACGACAACAUACAUUAUAGUGAGGAGUACGACAUUAUAUGUAAAGAAUGUGUCAUGAAUAUGACGAGUUGUAUAUUCUACAAGAUAUAUACAAUGAACGAGUAUACCUCGUGUCUUUGUGUAUGCUCACCGAGUCCUGGAUUAUAUUCAGGACGAAAAUAUACUUGCUGGUUGGUCAAUAGGCUUUUGUUGGUGGCUUUAGCCUCCAGAGCUUGAAUGAAAUUUAGGGCCAAAUCAACCGCUUAUGUAUAAGCCUACUUUGACUUACUAACCCUACUACGGUUGCUAUAGGCCUUACAAACACAUCAAGCCAUGCAUGAUGUGCAACAGCCCAUGGCAACAUGACAUAAUGUGUAUGUUAUAUGCAUUUCAGCAUCCUGGAUGGGUUGUGACUAACACAGCAGUAUGAUAACUCACUUAGAAUAAGUUAUGAUACCGAACAAUUAUCUAUGUGUAUGUACGAACAAUUAUCAAAUGUGUAUGCGAUGUGUCGUUGUAUGUCGGGAUACAUACCACUAACAGGUCUUGGUAGGCUGUAAAAGGGUGAUGCAUAAAGGUAAAAAACUUGAUUCAUAAAAUUCGAAUGCCAUAACGUGUUCAAUUGUUUUUAAAAGGUAGACAGUGCACAUUUUAAAUGUCGGUAUAUAACAGGAUCAAGGGGAUAUAGAUAUACAGAAAUGUGUAUUUCCCAUUUCUCGGUGCAUAUACACUGAGGGUUCACUUUAACUCUGAACUUUGUUCAGGACACAAUACCAACCAAUUAUCUUCCUAUUUGGAUAGUACCUAUUGGGACGAUCGUCAAUAGUCACGAAUUCGUACGUACUUAGCUUAGUAAGGUAUGCUUUUAAAAUAAAUAAAGCUAAAAAGCAAACUUUAAUAUUCCUAGGCCUAUUAUAACAUCUCAGACCUAUUAUUAUUAGGCCUAUUAGUGUAUUAGGCCUACGAUAGCUUAGUUUAGUUUCCCAAAGCAACACAAAUAAAAAAAUAGUUUUCAGAUUUGUCCAAUUCAAUAGUUCAGAUUUCUAAUUUCGUUGUAGGUCGGUAAAUAUACUACGGUCCUCAUCGUUACUAUAAGUGCUACCAAAACAGGAGGAUAUGCUGGUUAUAGAUCAGUAAGUGGUUGUAAUAACCGUCCACGAGGUGACCACCUCGUCUGGUGGUAGACAUAAAUGUCUAAGGAACGGAUCCUUUCAUGUAAAGAUAUAAAUGCCCCAGUCAGGGGUUGUUAUACAUGGUGAACAAGUGACAUAAGGUUUAUGAAUAUAUGUCCUAUGUUUUGAAAGCGGCAGCAAUGAAGGGGCGCCUGGUUCGUUUGCGCAUGUGCGGGUUUGAAUAUAUCUGCGUUAGGGAGGAGAUUCUUUGAAAAUAUGGAAGGUCUUUACCUAUAUUCGUAAAUUAUCUGUGAGAAUAACAUUUAAUGUUUGAAAACUAUAUUAAUUCAUUUGUUCACUACAUAUAACACCCUGCUUGGGGUUAUAUAUGUUUUUUUCACAAAGUAAGUCGGCUUUAAGUCCAAUAUCUUUGUGUGAAGUCGUUGAACUGUCCAUUGAUUGUUUUAGUAUUUAGUUGGUCAUAUUUGUAUCUCAUGUUUUGUAUAUAAAUAUUUUGAAUAUAUAGAUUCCUGUAUAUAAAUAUAAUUUAUAUGGACAAUGUUUUUAGCAUUAUGUUACACUUAAGUGACUAAGAUAAUAAAUUAAAAAAAACAAUUUAUUGAGAACUGAAUCAUGCCAAUAUUUCACUGUGCAGUGUAUUUAGGAUUACCGUAUAUUAUACCUCAUUAGAUAUAUAUAUGUUUUUCCACAAUAUAAACAUGAAACAUUCUCAAUAAAUAUAGAAACAUU